GUUUAGAUGUAGAUCAGCUGGGACAAUAACAACAAUAACAGCCGAGAACUGGGUCGGGACGGCGCUUUUAUAAAUGGACCGCGCCCGGUGUGAGCAACCAAAGGACCAGCGACUGCUGUUUUAAAGAAUGCGCGUGUAUUUCACCGCUUUAUUUCCUUACAGUUCCAGUUUUGUCUGACUGCUUCCUGCGUGCCCCUACAAAACGAAGGGGUUGAAGAAUUGCGGCUAAUAACUUAGCUAGCAUGCUAAUCUGCCCUAUAUUUUUUUAUAUUCAACGGUAUCUCUGUAUACCCCGCUGAAAUGUCGUUUUAUUACAUACACUCUCAAAGACGCUUUUGCGUUAUGGUGAUGCAUUUUGCAUUGUAGAUAUUGUAUUUCGAUAGCUCACCCCUGGAAUGCUGCUAUAAAGUUUUAAUAGCCAUUUAACUAAGCCGCGUCUUAGGUGUAAGGAGAAAUAAUAUUGUUUUAUAGCCUUAAAUAGCUAGUUUGUCGGCAUCACCCGGUUGUUUGUUAACUUGUUUCGGUCUUUGUUUUUAGGAUAUAAGCUAGCUCGUUAGCAGGGUUGGUAGCUGUGUUAAGGGCAGUGUGGCCAGGCCUCGCGGCUGUACUGUACUGACAGGAGAGAUGAAAACAAAAGAUUAGCUUGAUCCCUUGCUAGCUCGCCAGCGUUUAUCACUGCCACGGCCAAUUCGCGACUCUUUAUUUGAUAACAUAUCAUUGGCUGAGCCUCAACGCGUAGAGUUGGUAUGCCUUUAGCAAUAUUAUUUUAUUUGCCAAUUUUCCUGUUUGGCAGACCAUCAGCCUAAAAUGGUUUCAGCAGUUAGCUUGCAAUAGGUUAUUAUUUAUCUUAUUGUAAUAUCAAUAUUAAGUAAGAUUGAUAGUUAUAAUGUAUUUGUAGUAGCUUUUUUAUGAACAAUAAAAUGGACAAUAGAGAAAGAGGAACUUUUUAAAGAAGUGUUCAAGCUGCCUAUAAAAACCUGCAAGCAAACUUUCAGAAGGUUUCACCAUUGUUCCUUAAAUUCACUGAGUACAGCAAAUCCAAGUAGGUGUUGAUAAGCUCAGUUUGUGACCCCUCAUCACCCCCAUAGUCCAGUGAAGGGGUACUCAGUGACACUGCAAUGUCAGAGACUCUGAUAACAGGGCAGACAUCGGAGGAUUUGUUGGCUGACUUUGAGACUUUGCUGAACUCUGGGAGUAUUGACCUGGGCGAGGACCACCAGAUAGUGAUCAUCACCAGCCCCAGCAAUGAGGGACUCCACCCGGCCGCUGCCCCCACUAGCACGGGGGAAAUCCUGCUGUUUGCCACGCCACAGGGCCCUGCUGAUGUGGGGACCCAGGACAAGAGACGACCGGCUCUGGGAAGACCUCCGGUAAAGAGGAAGUUGGACCUGGAUAGUGACCAUCAGUAUGUCAGCACCACUCGACCUUCCAUGGGCCAAGCACCACCCUCCACACCUGCCCCUCCCAGAGUUCCUCGAACCACGACGGAGAAGUCACGGUAUGACACUUCCUUGAACCUGACCACCAAGCGCUUUCUGAACCUGUUGUCCCAGUCGGCUGACGGCGUGGUGGAUCUGAACUGGGCCUCGCAGGUCCUGGAUGUCCAGAAGAGACGCAUCUACGACAUAACCAACGUCCUGGAGGGAAUCCAGCUCAUCUCUAAAAAGUCCAAGAACAACAUCCAAUGGCUUGGUAAUCGAGUUGAUGCAGCAUUGGUUUCCCGCCAUAAGGAGUUGCAGAGGGAGGUGUGUGACCUCACAGAGGCUGAGGAGCAGCUGGAUGAACUCAUUUCCAAAUGCAACCUACAGCUCCGACUGCUCACAGAGGACCCACAGAACAAGAAAUUGGGCUAUGUGCGCUGCCAGGACUUAAGGAAGUCAUUUGAUUCCCCGGACCAGCUGGUCAUGGUGAUCAGAGCUCCACCAGAGACCCAGAUGCAAGUUUCAGAACCCAGCAAGGGUUACCAGGUGUCGCUGAAGAGCACGCGUGGUCCAAUUGACGUCUUCCUCUGUCCAGAAGACAGCUCUGGCAUCUGCAGCCCCAUGACAGGAAGUAGUCCCUCGAAACCCAAUGCUGACCCUUCCCUGGUCCCGCCUCCCACACUACCCACAGACCAAUCACAAGCCAGAACAUCCACAACCGCCCUGGAAGUGGGUUUAUCAUCACCAGCGUCCACGUCAUCCACAGUGACAGCAGCCUCCCAGCAGGACCCCUCGUCACUGGCGUUAGGUGGUGACACAGAAUCACUCCUGGGAGGCGACCCGUUCUCCAGCCUCGGAGACAUGCCUGAUUUUGACCUCUCACCCCUCUCCUCCUCGGAGUUCCUGAAUGGAGACGGCCUGUCUCUCCCAUUGGACGGUUUCAUCAACCUGUCCCCCCCUCACAGUCAUGACUACCACUUUGGACUGGAGGACCAUGAAGGCAUCAGUGAACUGUUUGAUUGUGACUUUGGUGACCUAUCGCAAGUUUUGGGGGACAGUUAGAUGAAAAAGAUGAGGAGGAGAGGAGGAGCAUGUGGGCUUCUAGAUGUAAGACUUUUCCUCUGUUCCCGGGGGCUUCUAGGCGGGCUGGGAAUCAGCAUUUUAUGGACAAAUCUUUGUCAAAAACCCAGACUUAAUGUGUUAAUUGUGGGGUGUGGGAAAAUGUUUUGUUUAGUAAUUGCCUGUGAUCCCCAAAAUACCACCCCAACUACAAAAAAUCUCCCAAAUUGUACAGCACAUUAUUAGCACUUCUCUUUGGCCAUUUAAAAAUUUUAGACCAAGACUUUAGCUUUAGUAUAGCUAUUUAAAUUAUUUAUAUAAAUGUUAUUUUGAUAUUUUGUACUAAGUGAGGUUUUUGUUGUUAAUGAUAAUGUUUUAUCCAAGUGGAUUGUGCAGGUGUUUGUGUGUGGAGUAUGGACUCAUAGGGCUGCUUUCCUUAACGCUGAUUAGAUUAAGGCUGGUUUCUUAAAUGUCUCAGUCUGAAGUAUUUUCUCCAAAAGGGAAAAGUUUGCAUCCCACAGCUGUAGGCUGAAGCUGCUUCAAUGAAACCAGCACUAUGAGAAGUGCAGAUUCAGUGCUGGGCUGACCAAAAGCAUCUUGAGCUAUGGUGCAGUUUCAAAUAAGCACAAAAGUAAAUGCUUCUCCAUCAAUAAUUAGUUUUGUCUAAAACACUGAAAUGUUGAAAGACUGGUUUCUCUAACAUCUGUGUGUCUGACAAUGACAUUCAAGGUAUCAUUGCCCCAACUUAAUGACUAGAUUUGCACAUGUGCCACAGUCUCCCACUGUGGGUUAACAAGAGUUUGUAAUAAAUAGCUGAAGGUCCAUUCUUAAUUGCCCUCCAAACCCACAGACCUAGACUGUCUUUAUGGGGCUGUCAUCUUUCUUCAAAUAAAUGGUAACAUAUAGAGUUACCAUGAAAAGUCUGGUUGCACUGUUCAGUGCUCAAAAGCCAUUUUAGACAGUCUAAAGCACAAAGGUAGAGACUCCAUAUUGUGACAAAUAAUGUGGUUUUGAAGGAAGAAUAAGCAAUUAAAAUCUGAAAGGUCAAGAUAUGUUUUGUUGGUGUCCAGGAAACCAGGUGAUUAUAGUCUGCUGCGGUUAUGCUAGCAAGUGAAAACUAAUACUGAUGUGUUCUCUAUUAGUUAGCUAGGCGUUUAGCCAUAGUCUCAGGUGUUGGAAGCAGAGCAAAGUCUUAAAUAAAUUUUUUGAUGCAAAGAUGUAUGAGAGUGUAACUGUUUAGAUGCAUUUCAUGGGUGUUGUGUAGGUUGUUAAUAGGUUUUUACAAGUUUAGAAAGAAAAAGACAGUGCGUGUUAUUUCUUUUUCUUUCAACAUUUUCAGCCAAGGGUUCAAGUGAGAAAAGUUCACCAGAUGCCUGUAGAUGCUCCCUAAUGCUCCUGAAACCACCUGACUGUUAUUGUCAUGUGGGGAAGCUCCCAGCACAUCCUGGGCCCUGACACACAAUUAAAGAAGUUCAAUAGAUCGUCACAAACCAUACACUCUUAAUUGCAUGUUUUCUAAAAGCAAUUUCUUGUUUAUCAUUAUGGGUGAAUUAAAGCACAGCUGCAUCUUUGCUUUUACCAAUCUAAUCAGUGUAGAACAGUGAUCACUUCAGGAAGGGUUAAGUGGAAGUGAUGGACUCGAUAGGAAUUCAAAACAGGGACAUCCUGUUACUGCUCAGUAUAUGCACUUCAAAUCAGUUCAUAAAGUUAAUGUUUAUGCCUUAAAUCACUGACCUCUACCAGUGAAGGGAGGUACCUGGGAUAUAUUAUCUUAGCCCCAAAAGGAUCAAUUCCCUCUUUAUUUUUCUACGAUAGUCACAUAGGGCUCCAUCUUCACAUACUACUACAUGCCUUGGUUCUGAUUGAUUUUCAGUUGAAAUAAGCAGCAAUAACAAAGACGUUUUCACAUCAUGUACUCAGCAUAUGAGAUGAAAAACUGUCCUGCUACAAGUCAUGUAUUGUUGUAGUUAGAAAUGUCUGCAUCAAACUUUUUUUCUUGUUCUAAGUUAUGUAAGCUAACAUGUUUUUGCAUUCCUGAAGUAUUGGGUUUUAAUGUGUGUGGGUGCAUGUGUGUGGAAAAUACAAAUUGUUUUGUUGAAUUUCAUAUUUAUUUAAAAAGGGGUUUUAAUGGAUGUGGUACAAAAGUUUUCAUAAAUUUUCAGGCAGGAACCAGCUUUACACCCAUACGUUUACUUGGUAAAUCCAAGCAAAUCAUGCAUUGAUAAAUGUGUCCUUUAGUGGUGAAAGAGGUAUUUUGUUUGUAAAUUAGCUUCUCAUUAGUAGCAUGUUUAUAUUUUGCCAUGUUUUUUUUUAAUCCCCAUAGAGAAUAUAUUUCCCUGUCUUACCUGUUGUGCAUGUGCAACCUUUGCAUUAGCUAAUGAUGCAAAAAUUGUUUUUCAAGAGAAAAAUAUUCAGGAAUACAGUAUAUUUGUCAUUUUGACUGAACUGACUAAUGUGUAACUUAAUUAUUCAUACCUUGUUUAAUCACAGCCUUCUCUGUCACAUCAGUUUAGAUUAAAGACUAUCUCGAUGUUGCAGGCAACAUUGCUAAUCUAAGGUUGUACAUGUAUUAUAGUGUAGCCUCUGGGUGCCUCAAACUGUCGUGUGAAUGUGUGAAAACCUUAUAACCACAGUCAUCUUUUGUUUUCUUAAAUGUUUCCUUUAUCUUCAGGUCUGUGGAAAGCUUAAAAUCCAGUGUGUAAUUUCAACAACAUCUGAAAAGUUAUCAACUGACAGUGGCGUUAUAAGCCACUAAAAUGUUGGGCUUCUUUUAUAACCCAUGUAUCCCUUAGAAUGUAUCAUAUUUUUUCUGUCUUGACCUUUAAACUUCCAUCGGCAGCUGAACUGAUCGACAUUGUUCGCAGAAUGUGAGCAGUUCAUGUUGUCAACCUUUGUGAAAUUUGUGUCAUGUUUUGGUUCUCUGCAGGACAAAUGCAGUGCCUUGUUGAGGUAAAAUAUUAAUUAUUAAUGAAUAUUCAAAUCAGGAUUUUCUUUUUUUGUGGUCAUGGUGAAAGAAUGCAAUGUUUUCAGAUGUUUUGUAUGGUUUUUGUGGAGUUUUGAUUGAAAAAAGUUCAAGAUAACAUUUGCACCAGGGUUGAAAUCAAAUCACCUUCAGUUUAAACUUCUGUAUAAGUGGCUUUGGGAAUUGUAGGAGUCAAAGCAUGUAUAAGGAGACAAGCGUGGUUUUUUGAAAUAACAGGUCAGGGCUGUAUUGAAUCCAAGCUAUACAAAAUACUUAACAUAUAUAAAUUUCUAUAAGGUGUUCAUUUGUAUACAAAGGUGUCUUUUCAUGUGUUGAAGUCACUGUUGGACGCCAAAAAAGGUUUACAAGCGUAAUCUGCUGGCAAAUGCCAUAAAAUUGUUGUGGUUUAACAGAACGAAAGUGAAUUGACUCCAACCCUGAUUCAGUCGCUGUUCAAAGUGCUUUUAAGGAAAACUUAUCCAGCAACUCAAAAAAUCAAAUCAAUCAGUUAUUCUGUUUUUUGUUUUACAAAUUUUAUUUUUGUUGCUGCGUACUGGAUUAAAAAAAAUACAGGUUUCUACUUAUAUGCCCUUUUGUAUCAAAUUUUGUUUGACAAAAAUUAAAAGUUAACUAUUUUGAUUUGA